AUGCCGCAGCAGCAGCAGCAGCAGCAGCACCGACGCCAGCACUCCGUCGAGCGCGUCCUCAAGUCGCCUCUCCUCUUCGCCUUCCUCACUCUCCUCCUUUCAGCGCUUUACCGCUGGCCUCGACGAUGGGUUGUAUCCGGAGCGCCUCUAUUACAAUUCUUCAUCCUGCUUGGCGACUACAAAGGCUACCGCAUCUUCCCGGGCCAUGCGUUAUGGCCUCUGUUCACGACGUUUAAUCUGGGCUACUCGGUAUGCUCAACGUCGUGGUUUUUGUAUGGUGUUUUCACCGUGCUGUGCUACCCUGCCAUCUUUCUCGUUUGCCUGUUCCAAUUCGAGGCGGCGAGCAAUGUCGCGAGGAGGAGCUUGCGGCAUGCGUUGGUGCAGUUGCAUUUCAUCGAUGACAAGAUUGCCUUCUUCAACAUCCCGGCCUUGGAAAUUGAUACUGAUGUUGACGGCUUGAUGGUCCUGCGCGGUGUCACGUUUUCGCUCAGCAAUCUCAGUUUCGUGGUUCAUGGUGUGGAAGUGGGCAUCAAGUUGAGCGAUGAUAUGGAGCUUUCCAUUCAGACGGAAGAGGUUACGGUACGCUUGUUCAGGGGCAUUGACAUCGGAGACUGCUAUGCAAAUCUGAAGGGUGGGGAUUACGAGAUGACAUUCGGGUGCCUGGAAGGGAAGAGAAAGGAUUUGGACGGGGAUUCAGUCUUUAUUGAGGGGACGCCUCUGUUGAAGGCUGCCUCGAGAGAUGCAGACCGGAGGAGCAUCGAUGCGGGUAGACCGCGCAACAGCAGGUCAAAGGUGGCUGUUCACGAGAUUAAGAUGACUGAGGUUAUGACCGAUGGGAAGAUUCCGGAUAAUGUUUCGCCGAAGACAGGACUGAAGUCUAUGAAGAAGAUUUCUCCCGACAAUGAAGAAGCAAGUGCUCGAUACUUGCGGACAUUGAACUUUAUCAAAGAGACGAACGCCAUCCAUGAGGCGCGAGAACAUGUCAAGAAAUUCACCCGGCAAACGAUUGACGUGGAGCGAACUUUUGAUCUCGGAGACGCCAAUGCUAUCCGUGCAGCUGUUUGCUCGCAAAUUCAUUCUCAGCCCUCGGUUCCUCACCCGCCUCCAAAGUCUAUCCGGGUAACCACCCUCCAAAAUUCUUCGCCUCCUUACGUCGAUCGCUUCCUACACCGUCUCCCUAUGCUCUUGCGCCUCCUGCUAAGCCCUCUCAGCUACUUCCACCCUGUGCAAGUUUCCUCCAUCACAGCCAGCGCCUCUGGUCGUUGGAUCGACAGUAUCCUCGUGCAAAAAGUAUUCAAAGAAUACGCCGAGACCAGCUCCGAGAUCGCCCACCUGCAAGCGGAUAUCUCGGCCUGGCUCUCCAACGCCAACUUCGUGCUCGAGCUUGGAUCCAUCACAGGCCUCGCUCAAGUCCCCUUCAUCUCGACUUACGACAUCGUAUGCCACCUCGCAAUAGAUGACCUGUUGGCCUACCGCGCCCUGCCCGCUGAGGUAGACCUGAAGCAAGUCGUGAGACUAGGCGGCGCAGACGCCCGCUUUGUCGUGCCUACUUUCCUGCUCCCGCACCACGAGCACAUUCUCCCUCCUCCGCCAUCCGAGAACAAGAAGCUCGAGCUCGAAAAAAACGUUGAUUCCGCGGAUGGGAUACCACAGGAGGUCAACGCACAGCAUUCUCUGGACCAAGCCCUGUCGGACGAGACGAACGUCUCAAUCUCCGUGCACGCUCGCUUACCAGCAUUCUUUGAACAGGAACUCCUCGAUUUUGCGGCCGCGCUGGUGAAAGCCACCAAGGUGGUGGAGAUGGAGAAGGAACCCGGCGCCAUGGAUGAGAAAGUCAAGGGCAUCAUGGAGUUCGGACGGGCACUGAAGGGCGGUAUGAAAGAGGGCGUCAAGAAGGCUGUCGUGGACGGCGCCGUGAACGAGAAGUGGGUCGCGAAGAUGGUGGGGAAGAUCACGAAGAGGCUUGAGGUUGCGAGGGGCGAGGCCGGCUACUCGGGCGAUAUCCCCGUCAAGUUGGGGAAGUACCGAACAGGGCUGAUGGAGGUGGAAGGGGAGAAGCUGCUGCCUUGA